AUGACUGGAACGGAGAAGAGUUCUCGCUCGUCGCGCGGCGGCGACGCGGACGACGACGACACGGCGAGCACCGCGUCGUCGUCGAGCGACCUUCCGGCCGUGUAUUCUGGCGCGCGUGACGACGUCUACUGCGCGGCGACGGCGACCGAAGCGCUUCUAGACGCGCUGCAGGAGAAGCGAUCCACAACGCGCGAGGCGGCACUCAAGGGGCUGGCGACGACUCUAGCGUCGCAAGUGCACGGGGAGCUCGUGCAGGACAAGUUCGACACUCUCACGCAGGGCUUCCUCUCGUGCCUACGGAAGGGCAAGGCGCCCGAGCAAGUCCUUGCUGCCCGAUGCCUUGGUCUGCUGGCACUCACACUAGGUGCUUCUGACUCGUGCGAGGAGCUGCUCUCCUCGUCGCUGCCGCAUCUGAGCAAGCUGGCUCGCGCUGCUGGCUGUGCCGCCACUCGCGUUGCUUGUCUAGACGCCAUGGCAAUCAUCACGUUUGUGGGGGCCAUGGACGCACAUGCCACGGAGGAGAGCAUGGGCCUACUAUGGCUUGUUGCCAGCCCGCAGGGCACCAGCAAAGCAGUGGUGCCGGCAGCAGUAAGGGGAUCAGCCAUCAGCAACUGGACGCUGCUCCUCUCCACACUGCCCACCUCGCAGCUCUCGCAGUUCCACACCCGCAGUGAGCUAGAAGUUCUCUCCCGCUGCCUGCAAGACGCUGACUUGGGUGUUAGGGGAGCGGCAGGAGAGGCCAUAGCGCUCGUGCACGAGCACUGCCCUGCAGACGCUGCAGACGAACCUGGAACUGGUGCAGGCUCGGGAGGAGGUUCGGCGAAUGGCUUGGCAAAUGGUGGUGGGAGCGGUGCAGUGGAGAGCAGCGACUCGGAUGAUUCGAUCGUAGAUGGGGUGGUGCUGCCUGAUAAAUCCGUGGGAGGUGGGCGCCAGGGCAGUGCAACGGUGCAGAGGGCAGUGGAGCAGAUGCAGCAGAUGACCGUUGGAAGCAGCAAGCAGAUGACCAAGAAGGGCCGCCUCUCGCAGCGGCUGGCCUUCCGGGAGAUUCUCGGGUCUAUUCGGGACAAUGGGCGUUGCUCUGAGACAGUCAUCAAGCUGAAGCAUGGCGACUCACUGCGCGUCGACACGUGGACGCUGACAGUGCAGCUGAAUGCUCUCCGGAGGUUCCUAGCAGACGGCUUCCAACGCCACCUGCAGGACAAUGAGUUGCUGCACCAGGUGUUCAGCUACCAGCCCCGCAUGGAGAAAAAAGAGGUUUUCCAAACCGCUGUUCAGAAGCGCAUGAUCCUCUCUCCAAACUCAGAGACAAGUCGCAAUCGCUCCGUGGCGCGCAGGCGCAGCCGUCUCGCGGCUCAGGAAAGCAACUAUUCCUUUUUUGCGCAUGACGACUGA